UUUCGUCGGUGUCGUCGUCCGUUAAUUCUCGUUCACCUGUUAAUUUGUGUUAUUUUCGUGACAAUGAAAUGAACUUCUGGUAGAUAAAUUAUGUUGAUAGCACUUCGUUAGUGCUUCACCAUAACAUAAUAUAAUUAAAACAGUUUUAGGAAUGAACCUGUUCUGUGGAACGUUCAAAUUAAAUGUUUUACAAAAAAUUUGCGAUGUACCGUCCAAUCGAAGAAUUUGUAACCAACAUGCCGAUUUAAAGUUUUAAUAAAUUUAUCGACAAUGACUGAGAAUUUAGAAUCUUUGCGACAAGAGCGUGAUUUACUAAAGCAAGAAUUAGAAAGAUUAGGAUGUGAGCUUGAACAAACAACUCAUGAGAAAAAUCUCUCCGCUCAGUAUGGGCUAGUUUUGUUGGACGAAAAAGAAGCCCUUCAGCAAAGGUGUGAAGAAUUGGAAUCAUGUUACGAUUCUUCUAAAGCUGAGCUAGAGUUGUUGCGUGAGGCUUUAGCAAAGUAUCAGACUAAUCAAAAAGUUACUGCUUCAAGUGGUAUUGAACAAGAAGAAAGUUUGUUGCUUGAAACAGCUAGUAAAGAAGCAACAUUUACAUCCACUGUUUUAGAAUUAGAAAAAGAGCUGAAACAGGCUAGGCAAGAAGUUUCUCGUGUUGGAGUAGAGAAAGAGAGAAUUCUGCAGGAAAACAUUGAUCUUGCAAAAAACUGUGAUGUGAGUGAAUGGGAAAAAAGAAAUUAUAAAGCAGAAUUAAAAGAGCUGAAACUGCGCGAGGCUCGACUUUUAAGUGAUAAUAAUGAAUUGGAAGAAGAAAAUAUAUCUUUACAGAAGCAGAUCUCAUCGCUUCGCUCAUCUCAGGUUGAAUUUGAAGGAGCUAAGCAUGAAGUCAGGCGUCUGCAGGAAGAACUUGAAGCUGCACAGGGGCAAAUUGAAGAAUUAUUUUCUUUGAAGCGAAUUGCAGAGAAGCAACUUGAAGAAGCUCUGGAAGCUUUACAAUCUGAACGAGAACAAAAAUAUGCUCUAAAAAAAGAACUGGAUCAGCGUGUUAAUUCUGAGUCAAUUUUUAACAUAAACAACUUGGGAUUUUCUGGAUUUGGACUUGGAAGUUUAAAUCAAGAAGAUGGUGACAAAUCUGAAGAUGAGGGAGACAAUGAUACAACUCUUGUUUUAUCACCGACUAUUGAAAAAGAUAGUAUUGGUAAACCUCAGUCAUCUACUGUCAAUGAUCUCUUCAGUGAGCUGCAUUUAUCAGAAGUACGAAAAUUAGAGAAGCAGUUAGAGGCUACCGAAAAUGAAAAGGCUAAAAUAACAAGCCGACUUCAAGAGACUCAACAGCAGUUAGAGAAAACUAAAGCAGAACUUAGUGAUCAGAAUAGUCGAGUGCAUAGAAUGGUUGAGCACAUAAAUGCUCUCAUUGCACUGCAUGGAAAAUGUGGGGAAAUAGAAGAUGGUAGUGGUUUGGAAGAUCCUGAAAAGGAUAUACCAGAACUCUCUCGCCUGAAAACUUUACUUACAAAACAUGAGCAACGGUAUCAACUUGCUGUGCAGCAAGUAGAACAAUUACAAAAUGAUGUCCGAGGCCUUCAACAGCAGGGAGCCACAAUUAGUGAGGAUGAUGAAGCAAUGAACCGUAAAUUAAGAGAGGAAGUUACAGAACUUAAGAUUAAGGUUCAGACAUUUAGCAAUAAAAUUAAGGAAUUAGAGGAUGAUUUAUAUAUCAUGGGCCAAAUAGCUAAAAAAACAAGAAGUGCUUUGAACUUUACACAGGAUGAUCUGAUUGCUGUAUCUGAAGAACUUGCACAGCUGUACCAUCAUGUUUGCAUGGUAAAUGGCGAAACACCCAGUCGAAUUAUGCUGGAUCAUGUGAAAGGUUCUCAUACUGCAGGAGUUGAUUCUGGGGUGAGUUUAGAACUCUCUGAAAGUAAUAAAGAGGAGUCAUGCAGUACAAUAUUCAACAUGCAUAGUAGUAACUUGGAUACUCUAAAAGAAAAGCUGAAAAGUGAUAUUGCAAUUAAAAUAUUAUUAGAAGAUGAUAAAAGUGAAAAUAGAUCUGAUAGUUCAAUAGGAAGUAAUCGAUUAUUGGAUACUAUUCGUGAUCAGCUUAGUCACUUGACUAAAGCUGUAGAGAACACAAUAGAAAUAUAUUGGCAGAAGACACAUCAUAGUGGUAGUCAAGAACCUUCAUCAUUGGCUGAAGUUGAAGAUCUACAAGAACAAGUUAUUAAGCUCAAAUCAAUGCUAUCUACCAAGAGAGAACAAGUUGCUACAUUGCGUACAGUUUUAAAAGCCAAUAAACAAACUGCAGAAGUAGCCCUUGCAAACUUGAAGAGUAAAUAUGAAAAUGAAAAGGCAGUAGUAAGUGAAACUAUGAUGAAGCUCAGAAAUGACUUGAAAGUACUUAAAGAAGAUGCAGCUACUUUUGCUUCUUUAAGAGCCAUGUUUGCAGCUCGUUGUGAAGAAUAUGUUACGCAGCUUGAUGAGUUGCAGAGACAACUGACAUCCAGUGAAGAACAAAAGAAAACAUUAAAUGCACUUUUAAGGUUAGCAAUCAGUCAAAAAAUAGCCAUUGCUCAAAAGUUAGAGGACCUUGAAAUGGAUAAGGAAAAAAGCCAUGGUCGACGCCAUAGUUCCCGUGGCCGAAAUGUGUAUUCACGUGGCAGUGGACAUCAGUCAUCUGGUGGAGCAAGUGCCUUUAGUGGGACUAGACAUAACCAUGAAGGGAACCAUUAUCAUUCACGCCGUGAUUAUUAGAGUGCAUUUAGAGAUUUUUAUUCUGAACAAAAUGAGUACUUUUUAUAUCUCAGUAAAGUAUUAAUAAGUUUUAUAUGUACGUGUAUAAUUCAUGAUUUCAACUGCUGAAAACAAUGCAAAAUAUUCCUUUAAAGUUAAACUGUUUGUGCAAAACUUUGUAUGAAUUUAAAAGAGAUACAAUAUUGGCUUAUGUAUGUAAGAAAAAUUAGAUGGAUCUCUUUUUUAUGUUUAUUUAUUAUUAUUAUUCCUUUUUUUUAAUCUAAAAAUUAAGCUAAUGGAUGAAGCAUCAUGUAAGACAUUUAACUAAAAUCAAAUAUCAAUUAUUCUGGUUUUAGAUAGCAUACAGAAUUACUGACUUUGCAAUGAUUUAAAACAUUGUCACUAUAAUUUUUAAAAACAAUGAAAGGGAUAAAUUUUAUGAAAAUGUUAUUGAUAUGUUGUGUGCACUUAUGCACUUUUAGUCAUUGAUUUUGACAUUCUUUUGUAUUAUGCAGGAUAUAUAAUUAUGUGAUAUUUGUAAAAGAAAUUAAAUAAUUUAUUAACGGUUGGUAUUGUCAUAAGAUUAAAAAUUUUAUUGUUUAUUUGUUACAUGUUUAUCAUUGUUAGCAGAUUUUUUUUUUUUUUUUUUUUUAGUAUUCAGGUUGGAAGUUUUAUUAUCUUAAAAUAUAAUUAUUAUUUUUAAUUAACAUUUUAAAAAAGAAUAGACUGCUUCAUGAAAAAACUUUUAAUCAAUGCAUGGAGAAUGUCAGUCAAUGUUUAUGUUUAAAAUUUAAAUAAAUCAAAUGUAAUGCAAAAUUUCAAGUUAAUUAAGAUCUUGUUUAUCAACCUUGUUUGAUAUCUAUACAUAGAGGAAAAUCCUAAGCUUAUUAUUUUAUUCCAUAUAUUAAAAGAUUUUUAUUUUGAUAUCUAUACAUAGAGGAAAAUCCUAAGCUUAUUAUUUUAUUCCAUGUAUUAAAGAUUUUUAUUUACAUCAUAUUUAUUCAUUAUCAUAAGUAAUAGGUUAAGCUUCAACACCAAAUGUAUGCUUUCCCUAAUUUUUGUUUUAUUUAUUUAUAUAAUAUUUCCAAAUGUCUGCUAACUUUGCUUUUUCUUUUUUUUUUCCUUAAAGUAUAUUUAUGUACUGGAGUAAUUAAAUUUUUAAGAGGCAGCUUUUUUUCUUGGUUUUUUAGAAUUAAUUUUUUUGUAGUCUGUGAUGUAAUUACUAAUUUUACUCUGGUACAUAGAUUUUUAAUAUUGUAUGUGAUUACAUACAUGAAAAAAAGAAGAGAAAAGGAAGUAAAUAUUUUUUAGAAAUGCA